GGGAGAAGGAAGAGGAGGAGAAAGGGGAGGAGAGAGGAUGAGGGAAUGAAAAGGAGCCACAAAGGAGCUGCACACAGUGUAGGGAUGCUGUUGCAUCCAAGAACAAGGGCUGCAUGGGAAGAGUUAGGAUUGACAACACAGAUGGAGCGUGAAUAUGGAAUAUAAAUGGCCGGAGUGACAAAUUGUCAUAAGCAAAGAAGAAAAAACAUUUGAUGAGGGGCUCUUGGAUGGCGUGAAGAUGUAUGCCUUUUACUCCCUUUUGGUCUACAUCUUCUAUACUGUCUUUAAGAAAGAGGAGGAGGAAGCAUUGGAGGGGGCAUGUGGAGCUUCCCAAGAUGAGCCAAGUCCUGUUUCCAUGGAAACAGGGAUCAGGAGGAGAGAUGGCCACACCCCCAGAAUGGGGAAAAAAGCUUGUGCUCACUUUAGUGAAUCAAGCAGUAGCAGUGACACUGAUGAGCUGAGUGAUGAAGAUGAGGAUGAUGCCCCAGACAUCUCAGCAUGCACUCCUCUGGCUGCCUUUUUGACUUUCAAGCAGGAGACUGAGAAGAGAAGAGCCUCCCAAGUUCAGCUGGAAACAACAGGAAAGUUGGCAGAGUCUCCCCUGGUGGCUGUGAUGUCCCACUUGCUAAGUUUUUUGGAGCAGUACUCCCACUUUCAGCAGCUGCAGCAGCAAGCCGACCAGUACAGAGUCCAGCUUAAGAGGCAUCGUGUCCAACACCGACGUCAGAUGAAAGCUCUGCGGACCUCCUACCGCCAGCGCAUGCGGGACAAGAACAGCAUUAUAAGCAGCCUGGAGGAGGCCAUCGGCCAGCAAGAGAGCCCCAGCCCACAUAGUGAGGGUGAGUCUAACAGUGGUGGAGUGACACAAGCUGGGGUUCACAGGCUGGUGGAGUCUCUGUGUGGGCUGCAGGGUGAGAGGAGUAAACUAAGAGGAGAACUCCACCUGCUACACUCACAGCUGGAGCAGAAAGAAAAAGACAGACAUUCGCGUAUCCAAGCCUUUCAACAGCAGAUUGAUGAGCUCAAGAGCUGCAUAGAGGAGCGUGAAGAAGAGCUGUCAAGGCUGAGAACAGCCACUGGUGCUACGGACUCAGAGAAGCGGGUGCUGUGUCUAUCAGCAGAGAACGAGAGCCUGAAGCAGAGCUUGAGUGUCACACAGGGCCUCCUGCAGCAGCUCUCAGCCAUCCCAUCCCAGUCCAACACCAUGCUCAUCAAGGAGAAUGAGAAUCUCCGUAGCAGAGUGCAGCAGCUGGAGAUAUCACUACAACAGCGUGCUGAGCAGCUUUCACAGCUGGAGCGAAAGAGUGAACAAAGCGAGUGGAGAAGAGGAGAGGAGCUGAGGAAACGAGAGGACAGAGUGAAGGAGCUGCAGCUGGAGCUGGAUAGAGAGAGAUGCAAGGAGCCAGUUGUUAAGUAUGUCACCCAGUCUGUGGAGGUGGAAUCACCAGCUACAGUAAAGCAGCUGACGAAAGCCAGACAGAGGAAUGAGAUGCUGUCUGAAAGGCUGUGCAGUCAGAACGAGCGAUGCAAACAGCUGGAGGAACAGAUCAGGAAGUCAGAUGAACACAGCUGUAAUCUGCAGCACAAGAUCGCAGCAUAUGAGCGAGAAAUCGGCAAACUGAGGGAGGAGCUGUUGAAAGAGAUUGGCCAUUUGGAGGCGAGGAAGGAGGAAGCAGUAAAGGCUGCUGCAAGCUGCUCAGCUGAGCACUUUCAGAACCUGCAGGACCAAUUCUUCACCUUGCAGAAACGACUGACUGCACUUCCACCAACUUUACGCUGCAUGCAGACAGAUUAUGCUAGUUUGAGGAGCCAGGUUAGAAACUUCUCAGAGUUUUAUGGAGCAGCUAUCAAUGAAGCAAAGAAACAGAUUUCAGCAGCUAUUAGUGAAAUGUCUGAAGCCAACAAAGAUCUUUUGGAGAAAUACAGGAAGGAGGUUGCACUGCGGAGGAAGUAUCAUGAGCAGCUGGUGGAGCUCAAAGGCAACAUUCGCGUUCUUUGUCGCGUGAAGCCUGUGCUGAAGGAGGACCAGCAUGAGGAGGGCCAGUCUGUGGUUGUGACCACAGACCCCAACAAUGAGUCCUCCCUCACUGUGCUGAGCAAGAAAAAGGGUCGCAUCUUCGAGCUGGACAAAGUCUUUCACCCACAGGCCACUCAAGAAGAGGUCUUUCAGGAGAUUGAACCUCUUGUGACAUCCUGUAUUGAUGGCUACCAUGUCUGCAUAUUUGCAUAUGGACAGACAGGGUCUGGAAAAACAUACACAAUGGAGGGCAGUGUGGAAAACCCAGGAAUUAACCAACGAGCCCUGAAACAUCUCUUUAGUGAGAUCGAGGAGAGGAAGGACAUGUGGUCUUACACUGUUACAGUCAGCUCUGUGGAGAUCUACAAUGAAGUGCUAAGAGACCUGCUGAGUAAAGAUGGAGAUAAACUGGAUAUAAAGAUCAACCCGGAUGGGACGGGACAGCUGCAUGUACCAGGCCUCAGGGUUAUUGAAGUUAAGAGCUUUCAGCAUAUCAAGAAGAUUUUAGCCACAGCCCGAAGAAACAGGAUCACCUUUGGAACUCAGAUGAACCAGCACAGCUCACGCUCUCACGCUCUGCUGUGUAUCACCGUUCAGGGCACUGACCUCGCCACUGGAUCCAAAACCACAGGGAAGUUGAACUUGGUGGACCUGGCCGGCUCAGAAAGGGUCUGGAAGUCUGGAGCAGAGGGAGAGAGGCUUAAAGAGGCCCAGAACAUCAACCGCUCCCUGCUGGCACUAGGAGACGUCAUUCAGGCACUUCGGGCUCGGCAGACUCACAUCCCCUUCAGGAACUCCCGCCUAACGUACUUAUUACAAGACUCCCUAGGCAAAGGCAGCAAGACUGUCAUGGUGGUGCAGGUAUCCGCUUUGGAAAGCAAUGUAGGAGAAACAUUAUGCUCUCUGAAAUUUGCACAGAGGGUGUGCAAGGUGGAGCUAGGUCCUGCGGCCAGGAAGAUUGAAUCUGCUGGAUCACCAUGUGACUGAGUCUUAAAUCACCAGGAAGCCAUGAUUAAAUCAGAUUAUGUGCCACCCUACCAGCCAACUAUUACACUGAAGUAUCAACAAAAUCAGCUGCAAUCCUGAUCAAGGGCUAACUCAGUAGAGGUCUGCGUGGUUCCUGGAUACCAUCCUGCAGCUUGGGUCAAGUACAGACCCUCUAGUUCUGCUUCUGUUAAGUGAUAACCAUUAAUUGUUUGUUAACCUGCAUGAAGGAGUAUUUAUUCUUCCUCUCUGAGUGCCAACACGUCUUCUGACCCUCAAUGAUGUAAAAUUUGAUGCUUCCUUGAACCACUGUAUCUCAGUAAUUUUAUUAAAUAGAAAAAUUAAGGACAUGUCACAUCCUCAAUGAUCUUCUCAGCCUUUAGAGCUGCAUCAUGGCUAAACAUGAUUAACAAACUUCCGGAGCCACAAUGUCUAGACUUCAGUUUACGCAGUAUUAGUCAUCCUUCUAUAAAUGUCUGUAGUUUGUGAGCAUCAUCAGCACUGUGGUCUAUAUUUGAAGGUUGUAUCGUGUAAGUAUGAGCAGCUAAUCAUGUCAGUAACAUCCAAGGCAUAUAUUUAUGUAGUUUUUGUAAAUUUCAGAAGAGCAGUGACUGAAUUCUUAGUUUCUCUUUAGAACCUUGAUCAUUUGCCUUUUUGGGGGAAGAAUUGAGAUGUUGUUAAGGGAAAAGGGGGACUUGUAUGUCUUGAAAUGUGCAAUAUUCUCAUGAAGGAGAUGGUUUGGGUCUAUGGACAGAAGAUGCACUUUAACGUCAAAGAACAGGAGCCUUUCAGUUCAAGCGCUUGCAAUAGAAAUCACUUGUUAAUGUCAUAUCAAAUACAGCUUAUUCAUAUUUGUUCCUCUUUAUCACUCAUUGAAUCAAAACUAGCUUUUGAUUAUAAUGUAGCAAGACAUUGAUGUUGCAGUAAUUACCAUGAGUGCUUAGAGGUCACUAAAUAAUAAUUAUAGAGAACCUUCAGGUAAUUUUCUGAAUAAAUAUGUAUUAAAACCA